UAUCCUUUUUAGGCAGCCAUUUUACAAUAGGGUUCAUCAUAGCGCUGCCUUCUAGCCCAGAGUGCCAACGCGGGCUCGUCAAGUCAUUUAGCUACGAGCCAGGGAGUGCAGCCCGCCUUCACCGACAGGAGGCAGAAGUCUCAGCUUAGCCGUCCAAACGGGGGUGGGCGGAGGAGUCGUCACUAGGGGUUGAGCCCUGGAAGUGAGUGCCUGCAGCUGUGCGCGGAGGGGGACCAUAGAGAUGGAGGCGCGGCGCCGCUGCAGCAACCAGGCUGGGCGGUUGCAUUGGGGGGGAGGCGGCUGCGGCGGCGGCGAAGGAGGAGGAGCAGCAGCAGUUGUGGCGAGCGGCGCUUGGUCUUGAGCCGUGAUGGCCCCCCUCCCCGGUUGGCACUGAGAAGGCGCCUCGUCUCACAUGCCCGCCUUUCUUUCUUUUCCUCCUGAGCUCAACGUGCGGUGGCCGCGACGUCAUGUGGCUGCCCAUCUUGGGGCUGCUGCUGCUGCUGGGGUCCGCUUGUAGGAAGGCGACUGCGGAGGACAGCCCCGCGGGUGUCCCCCCCGUUGAGUUUUCUUUGGGAAAGUUUAAGACUGUCUUGCUGAACAGAACCCUUCCGACAGAAGCGGUCUUGAGAAAUAUUGCCAGCAAUGCGACGGUGGUUAUCUUUCAGAACCACGCCCACCAGAAGAACAUAAUCAUUUCCUUUGAUAAGAAGGCUUCUGUGAACAGCUCUGGAACUGGAGUAGAUCAAGCGUUGGUGUCUCUCCUUCGGCCUCAGCAGAGUGUGUGUACCUGGUAUUUGCGAGCAGUGGAUGCUGAUCAGGUGUUGAGCACCGCUGUGGCUGUCUCCUAUACAGAAAGAGAUCCAAUCCCUGGUGGCUGUAAUCUGGAGUUUAACUUGGAAAUUGAUCCUAAUAUCUAUAUAGACUAUAAUUUAGCUGAGACACAUAUAAAGUUUGCCCCAGCAAAUCUUGGAUACCCAAGAGGUGCAAACCCUCCCUCAUGUGAUUCUGGGACUGGCCUGGACACAAGGUGGAGAUUGUACUACGAGAUCUAUCAGUAUUUCCUACCGGAGAAUGAUCUGUCUGAAACGGCAUUUAUGAGCCAUGUGAGGAAAAUGUCUGAGGUACAAGACAUUGAAGCGAGUGGCAGCAGAAUGAUGACCUUAACUAGUGAAGACAAAACUGAGCUGUACUUCUCAUCGCUCCCUAGACAAGGAGUGAUUUACAAUGUCAUAGUGAGGGAUCCACUGUGGAACACAUCUGCUGCAUAUGUACCUAUUCACACAUAUGCAUGUAACCUGAAUGCUGCGGUUGAUAACUGCUCCUCUCUUAGAAGACUCUCCACCAAACUGUUCUUCACCAUGCUUGCCAUCCUUGGUUUUUUUGUCUGUUUCUUUGGACACCGUUUCUGGAAAACAGAUCUGUUCUUCAUGGGUUUCAUCUUCAUGACAUUCUUUUUCUUUAUCGUGAUUACCAGAACAACUGACCUCCAUUAUGACGUGAAUGUUGGACUUACAGCACUAGCUGGAGUUGCCGGCGGUCUUCUCUUGGUAGCGUACUGGUGGAGAUUUGGCGUUGUGUUCCUCUGCAUGUUGGUUGUAGGACUAGUGCUGGGCUUCCUUGUUGCAGCAACCGUGUUCUUCACUCCCUUGGGCAAUUACAGAGUUUUCCAAGAUGAUGCUGUGUUCUGGGUGACAUUCUGUUGCAUUGCCUUGAUGGUUCCAGUUGUUUUUGUCGGCUGUCUCCGAGUACUGAACAUCUUGGCAUGUGGCAUCGUUGGAUCUUACACUGUAGUAUUGGCUACUGCUUGCUACUUGUAUUCCAGCCUUUCUUACAUUGGCAUAGACCUGCUCCGGCGGAUUCUCAAUGAUGAUUUCAAAAGAGCUUACUCCAGCGUGCCCUUUCAGUCUAAUGACUUCAUCCUUUUGGCAGUCUGGGCCAUGCUGGCAAUUGGCGGGAUAACUGUACAGCUACGUCGCGAGAAAUGUGAGGUGCCUUUCCCGCCACACCCUUAUCGGCUAUGGAGGCGGGAGAGAGAGCGCAGAAUAACCAACAUCCUGGAUCCAAGUCAUCACGUCCCUCCCUGGAGAGAGAGAAUCCUUAGCAAGCUCUCCCAGGUCAAGGAUUUGUUCCACAAAGAGCAGCUGACGGGAGAAAGAACACCGCUGCUGAUGUAGCCUGACUGACUGUGUGAAAGAGACUACGGAAACACGGGUGAAGAUUUUUAGAGGCAUCGGGCGGCACUGAAAUCAUGCUCUUGCCUAACUCAGUAGAAGAUAAGAUGAGCCAGGCAAAGACCAACACUUGUCUCAAGAAGGCCUGUGUUCUGUGCAGUACCAUGCAGGCACUUAACUGUGGGUAGCGAGGGUCAAGGACACAUACGUGUAAUGUGUAGCGGAGCGUGUGCAUGUGGAGGGAGGGCUGGAUGGGGAAGAACUUCAUUGGUGAAGUGUGCUACUUUAAAACCUCAGAUCUCCAGGAGAACGUCACUUCGGGCACGUGCUCAGUUUUGCCUUUGCUUUGAGCACUGUAUGGAAUGCCAUCCUUGAGCAUCGUUUGAGUUCAAAUAUUGAAAAAGUAAUUGAAGACAGAUGAUGUUGGCACGGUUACAAUAAUUCAGUGUGGAAAGAAAACUUGCAUUGUCCCUCAUGGCUGAGAACCAAGAUUUUACUUGCAUUCAAUUCCCAUGUGUGGAAGAUGAGCAGUUUUUAUUGUAAAAAUUCUGGAGAAUUUUCUAUCAGAAUGUUAAUUGGGUCUUGCUGGGGAUAGCAGAUAAGCUAAUUGUUGUAAAGGCUGAGAAAAAUGGUUGGCCACUCUGAAAUGGAAGUCCUUUCUUUGGAAGGACAAUUUCUGGAAUACCUGGGAAGGAAUCAAUUUGGCAGCUGUUCUUGUGGACAUUUUUACAGGAACUGUAAGUUGCUGAAGAGUACUGUUCUUGGCUACAACACUAACAGUGCUAUUCUGUGCAGUAUUGCUCCAGUCUAAGCCCAUUGAAACGAACGGGCUUAGACUGAAGUGACUCUCCUUACAAUUUCACUGUAAUUGUCACAUUCUGCUUUUAUGUUUGAAAGAUUAAACAUGUUUCGAGGCACCCAGGGGACUUUUGUUUGGAGGCCAUAAUAGAUUCCUUGGAAGGGUGUGCAGUGCCUCUUGCAGUAAGCUGAAGCAGAAAGCCAGGCUUGUCUGAAUGUGGCAGCUUGUACACACUUGGUGAGAAUUCAGGGGGGGUAGGGGUAGGUGCUAAUGUAGCAGCAGCCUGGUAAACCAGUGUGCAAAGGCAGGAGUAGUGAGCAGGAUAGAAGGGGAAGCUUUCCCCAAUAUAAAGCCAUCUAGGUGAGAACACUGCAAGUUCAAAACCAAUUUGGAAGUAUUCUGAGGAGCCUGUCACUCAAAGCAAUCCCCAGACUUAAGCCAUGUUCUUGGAACCUUUGUGGAACAGGAAGCUUCUUAAUCUGCUAGGUCACUGGGAUUUUGAGAUGCCUCGCCAUUUAUGUGGCCUGCGGUCAAGGUGCCUCCAGCAGGCAUUUAGACAUGAGAACCUUUAGAAAGUUCCUUUUCUGUGCUUCAGUAAUAGAAGCCUAUCAAAUCUACGAACUUUUUGAUAGGUGCACAAGAAUCCAUCCCUGUAGUAAUUUAGCAUCCUGUUUGUAACAUUCGUCCCCAACAGGCAGGACUAGCAACACCUCCCUCCCUUUCCUGGUCAAAUACAGGCCACCCUUAUUGAGUUCACCAUGGAGACUGUUUGGUUCCUAUUACAACUUUCUUGGACUGGUGAUUUGGUUUGUAUUUGAAAAGUGUGGAGGAAGAAGAGGGAUUGUUGACACAACUACACAGAUGUGGAACAAGAGAGCUACUGUGGUGUACUCAAGUUGUCUUUCAGAUUUAGGAUUUGUCAGGAAAACCUCUGGGAGAAGCACCAGGAAAAACUGAUCUGUAGUAAGAGGUGAGGCAGCCAAUUCGGUACCCUGGCCGCUCUUGUGAGAUGCUAAAUUCCUACCUGAUAGGGAAGGCAAAUGUUUCCGUUGCCUCUUUUCAUGUUACGGUGCCGAUCUAGGGGUUGCAUUCUGGCAAUCCCAUGGCCUCAAAUGAUGAAACAAAUCGGUGUCCUCCCACUCUCUGAAGACCUGCAAGGCAGUGUCAGAUCAAAAUAGGUAAUUGGAAAACUGUUUUUUAAAAAACUAACUUUUGAUUAUGAGGCAAUAAAGAAAUGUGGUUAAAGAAGACUAGGGGGAAUUCCAUAGUUUUUUGGGAACUAUUUGGAGAUCAAGGGCUUUGUUUUAACUUUGUUAGGGUUAGGUGAAGUAGAUGAAGUAUUGUUGGUGCUUGCUGACUGGCCAUCUUAGUCCUGAGAAACUGCCAUAUGUGGUCAGAGCUGCUAUGACUUUGGGGGUAUUUUAACUGCCGUGAUUAUGACGAAAAACAACUUAACCAACUAUCUUUUGAUAAUAAAUGUACUUGAAAUUUAAAA